UGCUGGGAGAUUUCAACGGUCGCGAGUUUGAUAUGUUUACGUCGUUUUGAAGCUGUCCGAGCUCAAAGUCAAAGAAUCAAAUGCCUGAGGUUGACGAAACGUUCAUGUCCAGCAUGAUUCUGUUCUGUAAAAUUGUCGAUUAAAAAGAAGGUAACCGAAGAAUUGAAAAAUCAGCAAAAAUGAGCUCGUCGUCGAUAUCUACGCCGAAACAAAAAGGCAAUCUCUACCUGGCGUCUUCGCUGUGCGAUGGAUUAGAAGACAAUGAUCUGAGACAAGUGACAACUCUUUUGAAAAACAAAGAUGCAGAUCCAAAUGUACUGAUGCCGCUGCAUGGCAUUACUCCAUUUCACUUGGUGAUUGGCAAUGACUCGGAAGCCUUUGCUGAGGAGGUGACCAAGUUGUUUUUGCGACACGGAGGGAAUCCCAAUGUAAAAUCCAUUGAUCGUAUGACACCAGUUCACGUGGCUGCAGCAUGGGGACGAGCAAAGAUUCUAGACCUUCUACUUGCCAAUGGAGGAGAUCCACUUUGUCUUGACUCUGACUCUUGUUCUCCAUUUCACUACGCUUUUCAAGGUGAACACUUUGAGGCAGUUGCAGUGCUCAGUAAAUACUGCAUCAAUAAUGAAGAAGAUGACGAUAAGCCACAUUUUAAACGAGAAUUAGAUAAAGUUUUGGUCAACAAUGGAGAUGUGCUAGCUGAGUACAUGGUAUCAGAUGAAUCAUUAUUUGACAGCUCUUUCAAGAAUUUUUCUUAUUCAAGUAUUAAUGAAGACUCAAAGAGUGACACAAGUGGUUACCACCCAGAAAAUAGUACAAAAGAUCCCUUAUCAUUAAAUAGUAACUUUGUCACAACAAGAAGAAAGCAGCAAACAAAAAUUAAACAAGAAGAAAUUGACAAUAUUCAUAAUAACAACAAGUAUAUGAGCAGCUUUGACUUCAAAAGAGAAACUGUUGAGGAAGAGAGAAGUUUAAUUAGUGAAAUUAUUUCACAACUAUCCAGCUCAAUCACAAGUGAAGUUGAAGUAAGCAAUAGUAUGGGUAAAAAUGAUGAAGAUGAGUCCUUGUCAAAUUGUAAAACUAGUUCACCAAGACGAAAGGAAAUCAAAAUGACCUUCAAUAGACCGAUAAAAUGUGGGAAUUCUAAAAUACCUGAAAAACAACCUGCAAACAAACGAAGCUCUACUUUGCAUGUGAUAAAGCAGCACAAUCAUCUUCCUCAUCUGAUAAACACCAGAAUAUUGACAAACAAUUUGAAAAAGCCAUCUUCUACUAAUUUAGACAAAAAACUUGCGGUUAAAAAAAACAUUCACCCUGCAACAAGAAAACUUACACCAUCCAAACCUAAGCAUCAAAAUAAAGAUAAUGUUUCACAAUUGAAUAAAUGGCUCAAUGAAACUAUAAUAAGCAAGUCACCAAAUUUAGUUAUUAACACCUAUGGUGAGGAAAAGAAAAGAAAAUUCUUCAAAACUCCAUGUUUCGAGAAAAAAUCGUCACCAAAGUAUACUAAGCUCUCCCAGAAAUCACCAGCUGUAACACCUAGUAAAACUAGGAUCAAAAGUCCUAAUAAGCCAAACAAUGUCACACCAACCAGUCGGAUACCAAGGCCUAAGAAGUAUUUUACAACACCAACUCAUAUGAAAACAGUCAAGAGAAGUAUAGAGACUCCAACAAGGACAGUAAUUCCAAACAAAAGAAAACCACAGUCUUCAAAAAGAAUAGCAACAUCUGAAAAGCCCAAGACUCCUUUGAAUAACACAUAUAGCAAAUCGGAAGCAUCAACUCCCUCUGCUCCCACAGAUACGGGAAAUACUCCAAAAACUGCAUUUAAAAAGGAAAACUUCAGAAGCAUCGCUGUAAACUUGGAUGACCUCAUGUAUGACAAUGAUGCGGAAGAUUUAUUUAACGACAGAAUGUCCAAUUCAUCAAUUAUUGCUCAAUCCAAGAAACCAGCAAGUAAGUAUGUUUCUACAUUUGAAAAAGAACUAGCGAAAAUCUUGCCAGAGUCUGAGUUUGUAUCAGGAGUGGGGAUGCUUGAUUCAGGAGCUUUAUCAAAAUCUGAAUCCAAAUUGAUUUUGAGUAUGAAUAAAGAAGAGAGCAGACUGUUUUCACAAAAUGAUGACAAUGAUUUGAAUAGAGCGAUUUUUGAUUCAGCUACAAGUUCAGAAUCUAAAGAAGACAAUUUGAACACAGGCAAUAUAAAAAGCAAACAUUCUGAUAUGACAAAUAAUGGCAAUGACAGUCUGCUAUGCUCCAAAGGCUCUACAUCACCAAAUUCAAAUUCAAGUGAUAGUUUUUUAUCUUUGAGCAAACGUGAUGAUCGUCAGGAAGCUGCUAAUGACAUUGAAACUGAAAAAGAUAUUAAUUUUAAACUACAAUCAAUAUCACCAGAGAGUAGUGACUUUAUCUCUCUCAGAGAUGAUUCAUCUUCAUCUUUGUAUAGAAAAGUUGACUCUGAAACUUUUAUUAGUGUGGAUGAAGAAUAUAAAUACGAAGAUCCUGAAGAAGGAGUCGUUUUUCUGGAAAGAAGACUAUGUGUUUCACCACCCUGCGCAUCAUCAGAUAUAAAUACAUCGUUCUAUUCGUGCAGCACUACGAAAUCUGAACCACUUCCCAGAGAAAUGUUUCUUCUGGAUAACAUUACACUGAGGGAGAGGCUGAGAAAUCUAGGAGAAAACCCAGGACCAAUUACAAAAACGACGUAUCACUUGUAUUUAAAACGUCUCCACAGAUUAGAAUCUCAGGGUAGGAAACCCAUUAGGCGGAUCGAUGCAAAGAAAACUCAGUCUAGAGGCUCUGUUAACUUCGAAAAUGAAAAGGAGUUGUUAAAGUCUUCAUUGCUUUCCAUUGAAUGGAUAAAAAACCUGGAUGAUUAUGACGCUCUGGAGCAAAAAGUUUUUCAAGAAUUUGUUGACCCAAAUCCAUCUCGAAAAUGGCGUGAAGGAACGACGAAAAGCUCUUUUAAUUACUUGCUUUUGGAUCCAAGGAUCACCAAGGACCUUCCUAGAAGGGCACCUAAUCUAAGUAUGUCAGAGAAAUGGGAGAUAUUUUUGUCAGCCAUUUUCUAUGUGGGAAAAGGUAAACGUUCUAGACCCUAUGCGCAUCUUUAUGAUGCUUUUAAGAUUUGGGUCUCCAAAGAUGAGCAAAGUGUGCCAAGUAAGAAAAUUCAGAGAAUUUUAGAUAUUUGGAACGAAGAUAGAGGAGUCAUUGUUCUCCAUGUAUUCCAAAAUACCAUACCAGUGGAAGCUUACACAAGAGAAGCUAUGAUGAUCGAGGUUUUGGGAACACAAAAAUUGGGAAACUGUAAAGCUGGUGAUUAUUAUGGUGUAGUGUCAACUUGGAGGUCAAAAGAAAAAUGCGAAUUAGGCAGGUACUUAUUAUUUAAAGCAUUGCAAAUAAUGCUUUUAGAAGGAGAAAGACAAAUUUUUCCGCAAAAUUUGUAGUUUGUAUUUGAGACACUGUAAAUUGUAUAAAGAUUUAGGUAUUAGAUUUUAUUGAAGAAGCUUUAUAAAUGAUGUAUUAAAUAGAAGCAACUAAGCUGGCUAGAUUGGUAAUCAUAAGCAAAAAAUGAAGAAACAUAAGUUAUGUAAAUAAGCAGUUUCAGUUUAUUAAGAUUCGACUAGUAAUAUCUCUUGAUAUUGGUCACGACGAUUGUAACAAGACAUACAAAUUAUUAGUGAGACUCUAAUUGAUAAUAUCAUAAUCGCACUGUGACUUAUAAGUAAAUUUUUAUUUAUUUUAUGGCAGCUUUUAAUUCUAUAAAGAUUGUAUAAUUGUUUUUCAAAAAUAGGUACACUUUAGAAAAGUAUAAUGUUUAUCCACAAAGUCAAAAGUAUUCGGUAACAAAAUUUAACGGUGCAAAGCAAAAUGUACAAAUCAGUUUUUUAGGUUGUAAUAUUAAGGAUAGUAGAUUCUAUUUAUAGAAUGUAAUUUUUGUAUUUUUACAUGAUUAUCGAUGAUCUCAAAUCUUCUUGAUUGAAACAAGAUAAUAUUUUAUUUUGUUAUUACCAAAGGUGAAUUAAAAAUUUUAUCGUUUAUAAUAUAAUUAUUUAAGUAAAUCUUAUGUGCCAAACAGAUUACGCUAAAAAUCUCUAAAAAUAUGCAGUACUUAUUCAUGUAGUCCACAAGCUGUGAAUUUAUAUAAGAAAAAUUUAUAAUAUCGAGUGCUUAUGUAACAAUAAAGUAGUUAAAUUAGCCUUAACAUGACAAAUAUUGUGAUGAAGUUAUGUGCAAAACUAACAGUGUAAAAAAUGUAGAUGAUAAUAAAUAUUCUUUCAUGGUCUGUGCGACAAUAUUAUACUUGCCUAUAUUAAACUAACAGGGACAGUUAAUUUUAACGUGUGGGUAAAUUUUAUUAUUUUUCCUCUGCAUUAAACUGACAUUCGCAUAAAUUAUGUCUUGGAUAAUUAACAGAAGCUAUAUUCUCAUUAGAUUACUUACGAAAAGAGGUAUCUAUACUAAAUUCGCAACCAAUAGCUGCAUAUCUAUAUCUAUAGGUAUACCUGUAGUAUUGUAGUAUGGGGGUUUAUAAAAAGGUUCGCUUUUUGACAAUGCGGAAAUGUCAGAAAUAAUUUUCACAGGUUUAUAUUAAACAAACGCAUAAGAAUACAAUUAAUGAUACAUCAA